CAGCUUGUGCCAUUCAAAGCUGUAUUGUGGAAUACUCACAGGUGUAAUUUGACUGUCUGAAAAAUAAAUGAAAAGUGAGACAAUGGCAAUACUGCUGCUGGCACUGCUGCUCUGUGCUGGGAGCUCAAUUGCACAAGAUGUAUUGUCACCAACUAUGGACAUACUGGCUGAGCUUGAGAAGCUAAAAAGCAUGGAGGAAAGGAUACAAAAAUUAGAAGAAACACUGACCAAAGUAUUAAGUGAGAAUGAAGCUUUGAAAACCUUAGUACAAGAUUCAAAAAAUCAGCUUGAAACUGUCCAAAAAGAGUAUGAAGCCAAAAAGGUUGCUUUCUCAGCUGGACUUCUGGCAUCUGGAACAGGAAAUACUGGGCCCAUGGCUAAUCUAAAAAUUCUGGAAUACAAAAAAGUCUUUAGUAAUAUUGGAAAUGCCUAUGACUCAAACACUGGUAUUUUCACAGCACCAGUAAAAGGAGUCUAUUACUUCAAAUUUUACGCUCAUAGUCAUGGUGGAAUCACAUCGGCUGUCAGUCUCUUGAAGAAUGGUGAAACGCAGUGCUCUGUGCAUGCCUGGAAGCCUGUUAGCAAUGGUAAUGGCAGCAAUGGUGUAGUUCUCUCACUGGAGAUCGGUGAUAAGAUUUAUACACAGCUUUGGAGGAACACCUGGGUUUACGAUGAUCCAGAAAGUUACACUAGUUUCAGUGGCUUUCUGAUUUUCCCCUUGUGAACCACUUCUUAGAACUUGUAUCCAGUGAAGGAUAUGAUGCAAACAAUUUUAUGGAACUUAAUUGUUCCCGUGUAAGUGAACUAUAUCUGAGUAAAUAAGAGCAAAUGGGGACAACUAAAGGGAGAUCAUUGUUUCUUAGUUACGAUAUGUUUAAGUCUGGUGAACAUUUCAUUAAAUAAACCAAAUCUGUUACUGAA